AUGAAGCUCAUCCUCGACUUUCAGACUCGUAACGGAAUGGCCGCCGGCGACUCGAAAUUCACACCAUACACCUUAGAACAACUACUCAACGGCGAUUACCCUGAAGACCGUCCAAUUCAUAUCUUUGCUGAAGGUGUCUACGAUCUUUUCCAUUACGGUCACGCACGACAAUUACGACAAGCGAAAGAAGCUUUUCCGAAUGUCGUAGUCACGGCAGGAGUUUGCAACGAUGAGUUGGUAAUCAAAAACAAAGGCGGACCAUUGGUAAUGACUCACGAGGAACGAAUGGCUUCAGUUAGGGAGUGCAAAUAUGUGGAUCAUGUUAUAGAUCAUGGGAUGUUCUUUCCUACACUUGAACUACUCGAUGAAAUACAGGCAGAUCUGAUUGCUCAUGAUGAUAUUCCUUAUGGAUGUCCCAACAGCGAUGACUGCUAUAGACCUUUCAAGAAUGCUGACCGUUUUCUCACCACUCAACGAACUAAAAACAUCUCUACGACUGAUCUUAUCCAACGAAUCAUCGACAACAGCGAGAAUUUCCGUGAACGAAAUACAAAGCGAGAAAAAUCAGGAUGA